AUGGGGAUCCUUGUGUCCAGGAGGACAACGGUGUGGGAACUGGGGGAGGGAAGACGGGGAGGACAACGCAACUCACAUGCUAACCUCGCAGCAGGCUCUUCCUCCAGGAAGCGAAUCCCCGGCGCUCCCAGGGAGCUCUGCCCCAGCGCCGCCGAGGGGAUGAAGAUGAGGCACCGGGCAGCGCCAUGCGGGGUCGCGCCCGAGCAGCGCCGCGCCCUGCGCCCCGGGAGUGAAGCGGACCCGGCCCCUACGCGCACAUCUUCUGGACAAAAGGGGCUGUUGGAGAGGCACAGGGAGACUCCUGCCAACCUCUCUCCACUGAGUGAAAUCAAACCCAAAGACUGGUUGAAAAACAGCAAUUAUAAAAACAUGCAUCGAAGGCACACAACCCUUCGGGAGAAGGGCCGAAGGCAGGCCAUCCGUGGCCCAGCCUACAUGUUCAAUGAGAAAGGCACCAGCCUGACUGCAGAAGAGGAACGCUUUCUUGAUUCUGCAGAAUAUGGCAACAUUCCUGUUGUGCGAAAAAUGCUGGAGGAAUCCAAAACCUUGAACUUUAAUUGUGUUGAUUAUAUGGGACAAAAUGCCCUUCAGCUAGCUGUAGGGAAUGAGCAUCUGGAAGUGACAGAGCUCCUCCUCAAAAAGGAGAAUCUUGCUCGGGUUGGAGAUGCACUUUUGUUAGCCAUCAGUAAAGGAUAUGUGCGCAUUGUAGAAGCAAUAUUGAACCACCCAGCCUUUGCACAAGGACAGCGUCUUACACUCAGCCCCCUUGAGCAGGAACUGAGAGAUGAUGAUUUUUACGCUUACGAUGAAGAUGGAACUCGGUUCUCCCAUGACAUUACCCCUAUCAUACUUGCUGCCCACUGCCAGGAGUACGAAAUUGUUCACAUUUUACUUCUAAAAGGUGCGCGGAUUGAAAGGCCACAUGACUAUUUUUGCAAGUGCAAUGAAUGUAUUGAGAAGCAGAGGAAAGAUUCCUUUAGUCAUUCUCGAUCAAGAAUGAACGCCUACAAAGGAUUAGCCAGUGCUGCUUAUCUGUCUCUUUCCAGUGAAGACCCUGUCCUUACUGCUUUAGAGCUAAGCAAUGAAUUGGCCAGACUAGCCAACAUUGAAACUGAAUUUAAG